AUGACACGCAUGAUCACGCGAAAGUUUGCUGUCUUUGAUUGCGAGGAUGCCCCAAAAUGGAAGGGGCACGAGAAGCUGUAUACAGAGACAUUUGGUGGAGCGAAGGCAACCUGGGACAUAUUUAAGUGCUGGGAUGGGGAGCUGCCUGGGCUGGAGGCUGCAGAGCAGUUUGUGGGUAUCUUCAUCACAGGCAGCCACUUUUCAGCUUACGAGGACAUGCCCUGGAUUUCUGCACUGAUGACCUGGCUGCAUGACUUCCUGCAGCGUGAGCACAGCACCCGCAUUGUCGCUGUGUGCUUUGGCAGCCAGGUGGCUGCCAGGGCUCUGGGAGGCAGGGUGGGCAAAAAUCCCUCGCAGCGCUUUGUGCUGACAGUGGAGGACUUGCAGUUGACGGAGGCGUUUGCACAGAAGGACUAUUUCAGGGCAGCGUUUGAGCAGCAGACGGGGGGACAGGAGCCUCCAGCAUCGCUCAAGAUCAUAGAGAGCCACGGCGAUCAGGUGUUGGAGCUGCCCGAAGCUGCCCAGCUGCUGGCCACGUCAGCCACCGCGCCAAAUGAGGUGUGGACCGUGGGAGACCGCCUCCUCGCCAUCCAGGGCCACCCCGAAAUGGCUCCACAAGAAGCGCUCUCCAAAAUCCACGCCACAUUGGCCUCGAACGGGCGGCUGUCAGAGGAGGAGGCGGCCGCCAGCAGGGCGGCUCUGGAGGGAACUCCCCCGGACUCAGCCGCCAUCCAACGCAUAAUGGAGGCCUUUGUGGAGCAGGGCGCUGCUUCAGACACCCCCCUGCCUCCGCCAGAAGAAGUGCGCGCAGGAAAAAAACCCGAGGAAGGGACAACCCCGGAGACGGGCACCUCUUAUGGCCUGACAGGAUGGCUGCCAUCAGUCACCAUGCCAGCCGUGUCGCUGCCAAGUCUGGCGCUGCCUGCAUGGAUGCCCCGGCCCGGUUUGGCAACCUCCGCCUCCUCAGCACCACCUGGCCAUGACUCAUCCGCGCCGCAAGAAACUUCAGCGCAGCCCGCUGAAGCAGCAGCAUUAUUAGACACAGCUACCACAGCCACACAAGCAGCAGACUCUGUGCAAAUCUCUGCGGAUCCUGAGGGCAAAUCUCAAGGUGACAUAUUACCCGGCAGCGGUGCGCCAACAGGAGGCCGGCCGGAAGCUGGCAAGCACCUUCCGGAAAGUUCAGCAGCUGAGGCGUCUGGAUCAGGAACGCCGUUGGACGUGCGUCCAGGUCCCUCUAUGCCUUUACAGGAAUCAGAGGCGGCGUCUAGCUGUGCAGCCGACCGAGCUGCGGCCAGGAGAGCAAAGCUGCAUGCGCAGGCUGAGCGGCUGGUGGAUGACAUGGCGGGCGCAGUGAGCGCUGAGCUGGACGGGGCGGUUGCAAACUACGAGCUGCUGUUUGGCGUGAACACCGUGUCUCGCGCGGAGUUCCUGCACAUGCAGCAGGAGCUCGCCAACUGGCAACCCCUCAUGCAGGCACGCACCUGCUCCAGCUUCGAGAUUCAGCGGAAGAGGGAGGCAUGCCGGCCGCUGCUGGCAGCGUUGGAGGGGCUGGAGGCGCGCAUGGAAUCGGUGGAAGGGAACAUCGCCACUCUGGACGCCGACACUCGCCACCUGGCACGCCAGCUGGGUGUCCCACCGGAUGCCUAG